UUUAUAAAUGUUAUAUCUACUGCUGCACUCGCAGUAAAAAAACUAGAGAGAGAGAGAGAGAGAGAGAGAGAGGGGAAUUGAAUGGGUUGUUAUGAGCAGAGAAAAGAGAAAACACAGGGAUUGAAUGGGUUGUUAAGAGCAGAGAAAAGAGAAAACACACAGUAGAAGUAGUAUACAAGUGGGUGGUGUAGUGAAGAGGUGUGGACAAAUGAUGUUGAGAUUGCUCAUGGAGAAAAAGGCAAUGCAAGAAACAAGGGGAAAAAGUGAAAGUUAGGUUGCCCAAGGACCCAAGGUAAUUAUAGGCUUUACAAAGCAAAAUGCCAGUCCAGCAUUGCCCCUGACCUUUCCCUUUCUCUCUCCUCUCUCUCUCCCCUUUGCUGGACGGAUCUUUGCUUGGCUCAAAGGAAAACCCAUUUGUCUAAAUGCCCAUUUCAUCCCCAUAGGCAGUGGCCUUUCGGUUCUUUCUCUCUCUCUCUUCACCAUCAUUGUGUGACCUUGGUGUGCUGGGUUAUAAUGAGUGAACAAGGAAAAGGGUCUUAGCAAUUGAUCAGCAUCUCCAUCCUCCACUUUCAUUUGUGGGUUUACCUUUCCUUUUGUGAGCUUUUAUUGGUGCUGCUACCUUCAUUUUGGGUUAUUGCUUGUUUGUGGCAGUGAGUGGUGAGAGUCAUUCAAAAUGAGCAUGCAAGAUUUGUUUGGUUGCUUUUACAGUGAGCCAUUGAUCCCAAUUCUGCCAUGAAAAUGGGGUAAAACUGGCUUUUAGAAUGCUGUUUAGGAACUGAAACAAACUUCAUUUCAAUUUUUCUCCUAACCCCACAAAUUUUCUUGAUUCCAACUCCAAUCGCCACAAUGAGAAAGCAUGGAUGGCAGCUUCCUUACCACCCACUCCAGGUGGUAGCUGUUGCUGUAUUUCUGGCAUUGGGGUUUGCUUUCUAUGUGUUCUUUGCCCCUUUUGUUGGGAGACAAUUGUUUCAAUACAUUGCGAUGGGGAUUUACACUCCUCUUCUAGCAUGCGCAUUUGGUCUAUACAUUUGGUGUGCUGGUGCUGAUCCUGCUGAUGCCGGCGUCUUCAAAUCAAAAAAAUAUCUUAAGGUCCUCGAUAACAAGGAGCAUAUCAAACAGAAUGCGUGUAAGCAUGGUGGAGAGUCGACUUCCUCUGUCCUAGAUGGAAAUGCUGCAGCUAUUGGAGGGGAAGCUAAUGAUAAAGGAAGAAACGAUGUUGAAUCAGCAGCUGAAAGGAACACAGAAGCUGAAAAGGAUGAUUCCUCGCCUCAUAAGAGAGCCUGCAGUGUGGGCUUGUUGGCUUUAGUGCCUUGUGCCUACUUUUGCAUUUCGCAUGAAGAGUCCUCUGAUCAUCAGAGUGAAGAUGGGAUGUUCUAUUGUAGUUUGUGUGAAGUUGAGGUUUUCAAGUACAGCAAGCAUUGUAGGGUUUGUGACAAGUGUGUUGACCGCUUCGAUCAUCAUUGCCGGUGGCUAAACAAUUGCAUAGGCAAAAGGAACUAUAGGAAGUUUUUUACUCUUAUGGUGUCAGCACUUCUCCUGCUUAUUAUUCAAUGGUCGACUGGAAUCCUCGUGCUCAUCCUGUGUUUCCUGAAGAGGAAGCAAUUUGCUACUGAUAUCAGCUCUAAGCUAGGAAGCAGUUUUUCGGUUGUUCCUUUUGUAAUUGUUGUGGCAGUGUGCACUAUAUUGGCAAUGAUAGCAACCCUGCCACUUUCUCAGCUCUUCUUCUUUCACAUCCUUCUGAUCAAGAAGGGAAUAAGCACAUAUGAUUACAUUAUAGCUCUAAGGGAGCAAGACCAAUUAGGUGUUGGAGGUCAACAAAGCCCUCAAAUGUCGCCCGUUAGCUCCAUUACCGGAUUAAGUAGUGCCAGCUCCUUCAACACCUUCCAUCGGGCAGCAUGGUGUACCCCACCGCGUCUGUUUGUUGAGGAUCAGUACGAUGUUGUACCUCCCGACAAUGGGUCUGUGAGUUCACUCGGGAAGAGGACAAUGGUGGAAGAACAAACCAAGAAAAAGAAUCCUGCAGCCGUGAAGAUCAGCCCGUGGACUUUAGCUCGUUUAAACGCAGAGGAUGUUUCCAAGGCUGCUGCAGAAGCAAGAAAGAAGUCCAAGAUCCUAAGGCCUGUCGUAAGGCAUGAAUCCAACAGCUAUGCUCACGAAACAGACAGCAGUUUCGGCAGCAGUGGUCGGAACACGGCACUGAGGCUCGACAACGGUAGGAAACGAGGGAGCAGGCGCAUCCGCCUACCUGCAGACAUGCCCCUUCAAUCUCUGUCAAAGCUUCAAACUUUCGACACCCAAAAUAGUAGAGAUCAUCAUCAUCCCACAUCAACCAGCUUGGCCCCUCUGCAGCUCGAAGGGCGGAGUGAUUUCCGGCCAAUGCCAGCUGUCAAUGUGGCUUCCUCACCCGAGAGUAGCCUAGAUUCCCCCGACAUUCAUCCUUUCCGGGUCUCCUCAUCUGGAGCUGAAGAGGGGAGGAGGCUCGUCGGGCUGUCUGCUACUGCCAUGACUGCUCAGAAAGACAUCCCGUUGUCGAGAUCGACUAGCGAUGGAUACGAUGCAUCCGGUGGUGAAGACAGUGACAGAGUUCCUACGAGGUUUCUGCAUAGGCCUAACAACUGGAACAACCUACUGUUUGGGUCCGAGGCAGAGAGAAGUAGCUCCUCGAGAUUCAUGGCCCCGACAGCAUCGACCUUCUCGAAUCAUAGGAAUCUUUGAAGGGUAAAAUCCAGAUUCUUGGGAUUCUUUCAAUUGUUGGCCCGGGUUUAAAUGCGGUUGGCCUAGAGAAACUGUGAUGCAACUUUGAAGAGGCGAUUUACAGAGAUUAAUGUUUGCCUGGUGAUUGUUUUUUUUGGAGGGAAGUAAAAAAGAAUCUUUGCAGUAUGAGUUCUGCCCCCACCAUUGAUGAAGCUUGCAGCAGAAUCACUGACUUUUGUCAUGUAAAUUUAUGUCUGUGGCAUAAAUUUUGUUCUUAUCCUGAACUCUGUGUCUCAAAAUUUCGGUUACAAGUCAGUUGAUUUGUUAGUGAUAGUGGAAAGACAAAAUUUGUUUGUUGGAGUAAA